CCGUCGAGACGAUGAGGGGUCAAGUGACGUAAUGUAUUAUUAUUAUUUAUUCAUGCCAAUUCUAUUUUUCAUCACCAACAAGAAUGUUAAGUUGGGCAUAUUAAACACGAUAAAUCAUAAAGCGAUAACAUAAUAUUUUCAGGACUGAUUUGUGCUGCAUGAUGAUUCUGUAAAGCGUGGCACUUAGGGGGCACAGGUACAGGCCUGCAGCGACGUGUCAGCGUUGCCAGGGGUAGCACCCACUCAUGCCAUGGCCAAGUCAAAGAAGAACAAACGGAACCUGGCAGAAAAGGUCCGGCAUGGCAAGUCCACCCAAGAGGUCAAGAACAAUCCGUUUGAAAUUCGCAUCAACCGGCAGAAGCACCACAUCCUGGGCAAGAAGAUUAGCAAACAUGCCAAGGGACUUCCAGGGGUCUCCAGGUCAAAGGCCAUCAAAAAGCGGAAAGACACACUUCUCAAGGAGUACCAGCAGAGACACAAAGCCAACAAGUUUAUCGAUAAGCGAUUCGGAGAGAAUGACCCGACACUCAGCGUUGAGGAGAAGAUGAUGCAGAGAUUUGCAUUCGAGAGGCAGAGGACACACUCCAAGGAGGCUAUCUAUCAGCUGAACGAGGAGGAAGAGCUGACUCAUUAUGGCCAGUCACUGGCGGAUGUGGAGAAGUUUGAAGACACUCAACUGGCGAGCGAUGACGAGGAAGAUGACGGUAACCUAGGAGCAAAGUAUGUGGCCGAGGAACACUUUGGAGGAUUCCUGACCAGGAAGAAAGCAGAGAGCACAAAAGAAGAGAAUACAAAGCCUAAAUCUCGCCAAGAAAUUCUGGAUGAAGUCAUCGCAAACUCCAAGAAAGACAAGUAUGAGCGUCAGCACCAGAAGGAAGACAUGUUGAACCUGACUGAAAAGCUCAACAAGGACUGGCAGGCGGUCUCCACUCUCAUUUCCUUCUCCAAGCGCAAAAAGUCUACUGUGGAAAACAAGCCCACAGCAGAUGACUAUGAUGUUACUGUCCGAGAGCUCAUGUUUGACAUGAAGGCAAAGGCAACAGACAGGAUGAAGACACCGGAAGAGGUGGCCCGAGAGGCUAAGCAGAGACUGGACAAGUUGGAGCAGGACAGACAGAGGAGGAUGCUGGGAAUCACGGAGGAGGAGCAGGAGGCAAGACGGAAGGUUGGGCAUCAGUCGGCUGAUGAUCUCAAUGAUGGGUAUGCAUUAGAAGCUGUUUCUAAGACUGCACUGAGCUAUAAAGACGGAAAGCCAAUCAACAUGGACAUGUUUGGGAGCCAAGCUAAGAAAGGUCAGUCCGUGAAUGCAGAGGGUGAAGAUCAAGAUGACGACAACGUCCAAGACGACGAGGAAGAAGAUGAUGAGAAUGAUGAGGAUGGAGAAGAUGAAGGAAGUGAUGAUACUGACAACGAUGACGAAUUUGAAGAUAACCACUCAGAUCUAGAGUCUGACGAUGCAGAGAGUGAUAGCGAGGAAGAGACUUCAACUGCCCAGCCUUCCAUAUCAAAUGAGAUGAGGGAAACAAUCCGAAAAAGUGCCAAGGAGGAGUUACCGUACACGUUUAAAGCACCAGGGAAUUACGAAGAGUUCAUGGACCUUGUGGGCGGCCAGUCGCACAGCAACCAGUUCCUGAUAGUGGAGAGAAUACGGACCUGCCACCACCCCAGUCUGGCAAAGGGGAAUAAAGACAAACUGGACACGCUCCUGACGAUACUGCUGCGGUACUUCGGUGAUGUCGUCAACCUGGAAUCGGUCAGGAUGGAAUUUCUGGACGGGCUGACAAAGCAUAUCUAUGAGCUGACGGCUCAGUCUUCCCUGCAUGCUGGCCAGUGCAUGCAAGCACUGAUCGCGGACCGGCACCAGCAAUUUGAGGAGGAGGCUGAGAGAAGAGGCCGGGGGGUCUACCCUGGGCUUGAUAUGCUGUUGUACUUCAAAUUGGUGGGUGCACUGUUCUCGACCUCCGACUUCCGUCACGCCGUGGUGACCCCAGCGAUGUUAUUCAUGGGUCAGAUCCUGUCACAGUGCCCAGUGCGGACAUACAGGGAUGUGGCGUCGGGCCUGUUUGUAUGCAGUUUGUUUUUAAAGUACAUCCGACUGUCCAAGAGGUUUGUCCCGGAGGUCAUCAACCACUUGAGGGGUCUACUGUUCCUUGCUGCAGACAAGGAACCUGGUCGCAUCUACAACGUCAUCCCUCCAUUCAAGCCUGUAGGGAGGUAUAUAGAUCUUCUCAGGUUACAGUCAAACAGCGACAAGGUCACAAGAAAUAUGAAGGUCAAGCCCCAGCGCAUUCUGGAGGUGCUCUCUCAAGCGGAGCCGAGGGAGCUGGAGACGGACGAGUUCCGUUGCUGGGCCCUUCACGCCACUCUCAGCCUGCUCUCGGAGUUUGCCACGCUCUACGCGGGGUUGGCCAGCGCUCCAGAGAUCUUCGACCCAGUGAGGCGGUGGCUAGAAGCCAAACACAUUCCAGUCGAAAGAUACCCUGAAGAUGUCGAGGAGCUGCAUGGGUCACUGCUGGGGCAGCUGACCUCGCUGAGUGUCCGGCCCAAGCCCCACCUGCAGCGUGAGAAAAAACGGCCGCAGCCCCUGCCGAUGUUUGAGCCUAAGAUUGAGGAAGACUAUGACCCCGUCCGCAAGAAGAGAAAGAAUGCGGGCAGCGCCAAGAACGAGAAACAGAGGUUGCUGCAUAACUACAAGCGCGAGAUGAAGGGGGCCAUCCGGGAAAUCAGGAAAGACGCGCAGUUCCUGGCACGGGAGAAAAUCAAGGAGCAGAUGGAAAGAGAUUCAGAAAGGAAAGAGAAAGUCAAGAGAAUUCACCAGCUGCUGGCAGGCCAGGAAGGAGACUAUCAGGCAACCAAACGUGGCCGCAUCAACCUCAAAUAAAUAUCAGUGGUCUUCGGAUGACGCUGAUGGAAUGCGCAGUCCAAACACGGCACCGGCCAGCAUAGAGCCCCAAAAUUGUCAUCUUGCUACUGUCCUGGCAUAUACAUUGCACAGUACAGGUCGUUUUAAUAUUGGAGUGUAGACGACCAUCUUCGAGGGCUGGCGUAAGCUGUACUUUUGCAUCGGAGAGAUGCUUCACAGAGACCCUAGAGAACUGCUGAAGGAAUGGAUCUACGUAUGGAAUGAAUAAUGACCACUUCGCUUUCUUCCUUUCAUAAGAAAAAGAUAUCUCCUUUCAGUUCUAACCAUCACAAUUUGGAGCCCGUACCCAUCAGUUAGAGGACAAAAAGGGUAUUAUGCCGGCCACUCUGAGAAAGUUUGAGAAACGCUAUUAUUAGCAGUGAUUUAUUUUUAACCAUUUCUUGUGAAAUUAAAAGGCUUUCGAGAUAAUAUGCCCACUAGCAAUGACAUUUUUUAUCAGGUCCUACUUCCUAAAUUUUGUGAAAAACAGCCAUCAUUGUUGAUGAAAUAAAAUUUUUAUUCUAUGAAA